UGGAUCUGGCGCAUUAGGUCAGGGCUUGGAUCCGACGAUGGAUCCCAAUCCCACGGCGCCACGCAAGAAUUUCGGCGAUUUCCAGUCGCGAUCGUCGGCACCAUCGGCGAUGAUUCCUCUCGGGGUUGAAACCGCGCAUCGGGCGCAUUGUCAUUCGUCUAAUCUUUCUUUUUCGUCGCAGCAGCAGGGACGGCGGCAUCGAUCGUCAUCUCUUGUCGUCAUUAUCGUGGAAGGAUUCCUGUGAUCCCAUCGAAUUCCGCGGUGGAUCGUCCACGCAGGCGAUUCGCCCCGUCCCCGUCGUCCAUCCACGCUCGUGCAGUCGUAUGGCAUUUGGGAUGGCGGGACCAGUGCGAUGCUUGCCACCAGUAGUGGAAGCUACAAGUAUCCCUCACGCACCACCUGUGAUCUCCAAGGAGGUAUCCGAGAUCGUCAACAACAUGUUGUCGGUGGCCAUCCCGGCUGCGGCCGCCGCGUCCGCCCAAGAUCAAAGGUUUGCUUCCCAAUUCCGCUGCGGCCCAGAGUUCGCCACCAUGAAAGCCCAGGCACUGGAGGCUUGCAGGAAGAUCUUAGCGGAGAACGACCAAGGUGGCUACACGAUCCCGGCCAAAGGACUCUAUCCUUACCAGUGGAACUGGGACUCGGCUCUCGUGUCACUGGGCCUGGCCGAGAUGGAGGAGGAGCGGGCAUGGGAGGAAUUGGACCGGCUCAUGUCCGCGCAGUGGGAAGACGGCAUGGUUCCUCACAUCGUCUUCCACAAGCCGAGCUCGACUUACUUCCCGGGUCCGGAGAUUUGGGGAUCGCCCGACAAGCCCAGGAACAGCACAGGCAUCACACAGCCUCCAGUAGCGGCCAUCUCGGUCCGGAGGCUCUUGGAGGAGGCCAAAGACAAGGCUCUAGCUCUAGCGAUGGCGAGGAAGCUCUUUCCAAAGCUUCUAGCGUGGCACCGCUGGUUCUACAGGGCCAGGGAUCCGGAAGGAACAGGACUGGUUGCGACGAUCCAUCCUUGGGAGACGGGGAUGGACAACAGCCCCGCUUGGGACGAGGCGCUCGCUCGAGUUCCAAUCGACGACAUACCUCCCUACGUGAGAAGAGAUUUGGGGCACGUAGACGCGAAGAUGAGACCACAGAAGGCCGAGUAUGAUCGCUACCUCACGCUGCUCUAUCGAUUCCGCGCGCUCGACUAUGACGAGGCCAAGCUCUACUACGAGACGCCAUUCAGGGUGACGGACCUUUGCACGAACUGCAUCCUCCACAAGGCAAACGAGGACCUCUUGUGGCUGGCGGGCGCAACCGGGGCGUGUACGGAUGAGUCGGAGAUCCGCGGCUGGACGGCCCGGGCCAACGUGGCGUUUGAUACGCUGUUUGACGUGGAGGCUGGGCUGUACAGGUGUAAGGAUCAGCUGACGGGGCAGUUCUUGCCGGCUGCUACGUCGGCGGGGUUCUUGCCGCUGUUUGCUGGCGUGGCGUCCGGGGAGAAGGCCAGCGCGGUGGCCCGGACUUUGGGCCGGUGGCUGGACGACGUGGCGUACGGUAUCCCCAGUUGUGACCCGCGGGAUCCCUGGUUUGAGGCACUUCGCUACUGGAGAGGACCGGUUUGGCUCAUUGUAAACUGGAUGGUGUCGGAGGGGCUCAAGAGGUAUGGGUACGGGGAGCUGGCGCAGCGCGUGGAGAGGGAUAGCUACGAGUUGGUUAAGAAUGGGGGGAUAUUCGAGUACUAUUGUCCUUUGACAGGCAUGGGCGCGGGUGGCGGUUGCUUUUCAUGGACAGCUGCAAUGUGCCUCGCAUGGUUGUUUAAGUCAUAAGAGAUUUGUGAAGAUGGCAAUUAUAUCAACGUUAUCACCAUAUCAUUGUCUUUUAAUUUAAACAUCUGUUAAAACAUAAA